GGCGGUGUGUUUCUCUCUUGAUGAUGUUUUUGUGUAGCAGAGAGCCUUUAGCACCAUGGAGCUGCCGGACACGAUUAGAAAACGUUUAGAUUACUUUUCUCGGAAUGUUUUAUUUGACCAGAGUCAGACGCCUUUCACUAAGCAGAACGACACGUUUUUGCCACACGACAAGCGGAUCCUGUCUAGUCUCUCCCUCCAGAUGUCUCUGUACUUUAACAUGUGGUUCUUCCCCUUGUGGUGGAUCAGUGAAACUGUAAUGCUGCACUUCAAGUAUCCUGCCUUGCCAGACUACUACAAGUUCAUCCUCGUCGCUGUUCUCAUCCUGAUGACUCUGAUCGAGGCCAUAAGACUCUUUCUUGGUUAUGCUGGGAACAUUCAGGAAAAGGUCCCAGAGUUGGCUGGAUUUUGGCUGCUGACCAUCCUGCUGCAGUUUCCACUCAUCCUGUUUCAGCUGUUCAAUGAAGCCAUUCUCAUACAGCCACUGGAGCGGGGCGUUCACAUAGUCCUCGCCAUAUUCAUACUCACACAGGCCCUGUCUGGUUUUGUGGCGCUCCGGGACAUGGUCAGACACGCUGAAAGCCAGUUUCAUCUCCGACAGUUGACUGAAUUCUGAAACCGUGAUGUCCCCACUACAUCUCGACACACAUAUCUUACUUCACACCUCACAGACUCAGAGGCUGACAACAAAAAAUGAUGUCACUUUUUGUAUUAAAUGUACUAUACAUGGGAUAUUUCCUCCCCACAGUUGUUUACAUAAUAUUUAUUUUUGUAUUUUAUUCACGUUAUAUUUCAUGGGAUUGUAUUGUUUUUUUUAGUGUUGCAAAAAAUUAAAUCUACA